AUGUGGCUAGGAAAUAUCGACAAUAAACCAUCAAUACAAUCAGCAGCACAACCACUACCACAUCCAACCAUACCGACGACAAUGGCGCAUCAAGUAACUUCAACAACCACAUUAUCAGCAACGACAUCGACGUCAUCAGGCUCCACAACGAGCAAUGAGAGGUGCCUUUAUGAGCCUCAACCUCAGGGAUAUCUUUCAGAAGAAAGUUUCAGAUACUCGAUAAAUUGUUCACCAGAGUUCCCAGAAGCUAUGCGACUCUGCUACAAAGAAUUCUUCAACACCAGGGUGGUUUUCCAUCAAAGCAUGUUGGCCGUUGUGAAAAGUUCCACGGAAGUCCUUCUUGGGUGGUGCAACUCUCUCGAGAAGUACGAGCAAUGUUUGGAGCCGAUUGAAGAGAGCUGUCCCGAGGGGAUUGAUCUUCUCUAUCGAUUGUCCUUCGAAUGGAAGAAAUAUUAUGACAUUGCCAUUUAUAUCUGCCAACGUAAAGAAAAAUACAUAGAAUACCUUCCUUGCUUCAACAAAGCUGUCCACGAAUCCUCCAGGCCCUCUCUAUGCAGGGAGUUGCUGCGGAGAGACUAUUCAGACCAGUACAUGUACCAGCUGAAGUGCCAUUCAAAAAACUCCAGCUACACCAACUCAACACUACAAGAAAUUGACGGACUUAUAAAGUGCUUUGAAACAUUCGCUAUCAAGGCAUGCACUCCGGCUGGGCGUGAUGUUAUAUAUCCACUAAUAAGGCUGCAAUACUCCUUCGACUAUCUACCAAAAUGCGUCAAACCUCGGAACAAGACCGCCAUUCAGACGAAGACCACGAAAAGGGUUCGAUACUCCUCAUCGAUAAAUUCCUCGUCGAGCUAUCGCAGAACAACGCCAUCACUACACUACAACUCGUCAUCCGUAUUUCCAACUCCAACCUGUAACUGCAACUGCGUCUGUCCGGAGAUAAUUCCAGUGAAAUCAAAUCCAGAGACCUCCUACUGGUCAAUUAAUGCGUAUAAAAACGGUUGUUUCUUUAUAAACGUUUUCACAAUGACUCUGUCUUUUAGUUGCUCUUUAAGUAUCGGCAUCAUGUAG